UCCUGAUUCUUGCCUUGAAUAUUCUGCUGCUUCUGCACAUCAGGCGUGAAAGCAGAGUUCUCUGAAACUGACUCCAGAAGGAAAGGGCCCAAGUUCAGUGCUGUGAACCUUUCCGGCUGCCUUCCGAGGAGAGAGGCUGGCUUGAGCUUUGCCCUGGAGUGUCAUUCCUUGUCACUGAUUAACCAGCUCCAUAGGAAGUUUGCUCUGCCAACCUUCUGCUCUACCUGGAGAGAGCCAUCCUGUCAAGCUUUGGUGAGUCGAAAAAAUGUCCACUCGCUACCACCAAGCUGCUAGUGAUAGCUACCUGGAACUUCUGAAAGAGGCUACCACACGAGACCUGAAUCUUUCUGAUGAGGAUGGCAUGACACCCACUCUCCUGGCAGCCUACCACGGCAACCUGCAAGCCCUGGAAAUAAUCUGCAGCAGAGGAGGGGACCCUGAUAGAUGUGACAUCUGGGGAAAUACUCCUCUACAUUAUGCCGCCUCCAAUGGCCAUGCCCACUGUGUCUCAUUCCUGAUCAGUUUCGGUGCCAACAUCUUUGCCCUGGAUAAUAACUUACAGUCUCCCCUGGAUGCUGCCGCCAGCAGGGAGCAGGGCGAAUGUGUUGCCCUCCUGGAUAAAGCUGCCACUACCCAGAGCGUCGUAAAUCCCAAGAAGGUCACCAGGCUGAAGGAGCAGGCUCAGAAGAAUGCCAGGAGGCAAAUCAAAGAAUGUGAAAAGCUCCAGGAGAAGCAUCAAAAUAAGAUGGCCCGUGCCUACAGCAAGGAGGAAUCAGGGAGUCUUUCUUCUUUCAAGAGCAUCUCCUCCACGUCUUCCUUCUCAAGUGCUUCUGCUUCCAGUAGACUUGGAUCACUCUCUAAGGGCAUCAAAGAUACCUUCAAGUUGAAGUUCAAGAAAAACAAAGAUACAGCAGAGCAGGUGGGGAAGGAAGGCAGAAGUGGGCAGAGGAAUGUGAUGGAAAUGUUCAGAGAGGAGGAAGAAGACUCAUUAUCAGGGGACUUCAAAGGGAAGCUUAUAUUCUCAGCAGAGGAGGACCAAGAUCUGCAACAUGAAUCUAUUCUCAACCGUCCAGGUCUGGGAAAUAUUGUUUUUAUGAGAAACAGAGUGUUGAGCUCUGAAGACCUCUCAUACAGCAAGAGCGAGUCGGGAUUUAAAAUGCCGAGUGAAUUUCUCCAAAGACAAGGAACAGCAGAGGCUGAUGAAGCUGAGGCUGAUGAAGAAGGAGAGGAAAAUGGCCUUGUAGGUAAUCUGCCUUGGGAUGAGGAUGAAGUGGAGUGGGAGGAAGAUGUGGUUGAUGCACCUCCCCUGGAAGUGUUCUUGCAGUCCCUGCACCUGGAGGAAUUCCUUCCCGUUUUCAUGAGAGAGCAGAUUGAUCUGGAAGCUCUGUUGCUUUGCUCUGAUGAGGACCUUCAGAACAUACAGAUGCAGCUGGGUCCCAGGAAGAAAGUCCUUAAUGCCAUAAACAGAAGGAAGCAGGUGCUACAGCAGCCUGGGCAGCUGGUGGACACCAGCCUCUGAAGGACAGUGCUGGGUCAAUAGGAUGAGUCUGCAGCAGCAAGAGCUGCUAUGGCUGAUGGGAAGCCCUCCAGGCCUCACCCCUUACCUACCCAAUUCCAGACCACUGGGAGCCCAUUCUAAGGUUUUGGAGAUGCCCAUCUAAGAAGGAGGCCCACACUCUCCUCUGGGGAAUACCUAGACCUAUCCAAAUAAACUGUCAGUGAGAAACUCCAGGGUACUGUGGAACAAGACUAUGGCAUUUCUUUUCAAUUAUCACUUUUAUAUUUUUGAAUAAAGAAAGGGUUAAAUGGAUGAUAGAAAAGGAAAAGAAAUUUUCUUUACUUUUCUCUGGACAUAAAAUGAUAAUUUCUCAUUACACUAGCCUACUUUGUGAUCCACAUACUCCGGGGAUUCUGAGUCUGGUUCUGUCCUUAGCUCUGUAACUUUGUCAUUGGACAUCAAAGUUCUUCACUGCCCUGAGGCUUGAUAAUCAACUUAAAUGCAUCUAACCCUUAAACAGAUGUCUACAUGUUUACAAGGGAGGGUGAAGAAAGAAAGGAUAGUGUACCUUUGGUAGACUGAAUUGUGUCCCCCUUAAAAUUCAUAUAUUGGGGCUCUAACACCCAAACUGUUUUUGGAGAUAGGUGUGUUAAAGGUUAAAUGUUGUCAUAAGGUUGGCAUCCCACUCCCAUAUGACUGAUGUCCUUAUAAGAAAAGGAAGAUAUACAAAAGAUGUAAUCACACACAGAGAAAAGAUCGUAUAAGGACACAGUAAGUGGCCAAACAAAGAGAUCUCAGGAGAAAUCAAAUCUGCCAACAUCUUGAUUUUGGGCUUUCAGCUGCCAGAGGUGUGAAAAAAUAAAUUUUUGUUGUGUAAAUCA